AUGUCGCGGCAGAGAUCCAAAAGAUUCGAACUUCCUCCCGGUCAAGAGAAUGUUGAUAAAUUGGAGAAAGUUGUAAAAGAUGGGAAUUAUUAUGGAGCUCAACAGAUGUAUAAAUCCAUCAGUGCCAGAUAUGUAACUGCUGAGAGGUACGCUGAAGCAUUAGAUAUCCUACAUUCAGGAGCAUGCCUUCAAUUGGCUCAUGGACAGGUUACUUGUGGCGCAGAGCUUGCUUUAUUGUUUGUGGAGAUACUAGGGAAAGGGAAAAUUCCUUAUGAUGAUGAAACUCUUGAUCGUCUCAGAAAAAUAUACGAGGGAUUUCCACGGGUUCCACUGCCACAACACCUGUGGGAUGUCGAUGACAUGCAGCAACUUUCGGAAAAUCUUGGAUGUGCAAAGAUACGUGUGGAGGGCUGUUCCUCAUUCUUAAAAGCUGCUAUCAAGUGGUCUGCUGAAUUUGGAACAAGUAGUAAUGGAGCUCCAGAACUCCAUAUUCUUCUCGCUGAAUACAUAUUUUCUGAAAGUCCUGAGGUGGAUAUGAAUAGAGUGACAUAUCAUUUUGUGAGAGGAAAUGAUCCGAUCAAGUUCGCUACUAAUCUAGUGAGCUUUUUGGGCAGGUGUUAUCCCGGUGAAGAUGAUUUGGCCAUUGCUCGGGCUGUGUUAAGGUAUUUAUCUUUAGGUAAUUUGAAGGAUGCAAACAUACUAGUGGAUGAGAUAAAGAAGCAAACUCAAGCUUCUGAGGUCGAGUUUCCAAAGACAGACUUAAUGCAAUUCAUCAAUUUUCUCUUGCAAACGAUGGAAAGAGAUGCUUUUCCUCUUUUUAAUAUGUUGAGAGCAAACUUCAAGUCAUGUAUUGAGAGGGAACCCGCCUUCAAUGAGUUGCUAGACGAUAUUGCGGAGAAGUUUUACGGUGUACAAAGAAGGAACCCUAUGGGAAUGUUUGGGGAUAUAUUCAAGAUGAUGGGAGCUGAGUAG